CCAAAGGAGGAGGAGGAGGAGGAGGAGGAAGUGAAGCCCUUAGGAGCGGCCGAAGCGGCGGGCCGUCCAGCCGGUGGCUUUGGGGCUCGGAGAGGCGGAGAGUAGGGCGCACGGUGUGUGUCCGGGCCCCCUCGUUCGGGGUGCGGGGGGCCCUCUCCGCCCCCGACCAGGUGGGUUGGGGGAGAGCCGGCUGGGGCCUUCUCUUCCUCCUCGUCCUCCGCGCCCGCGGACCCCCACCACCCCCCAGGACCGGCUUCGCACCUCCGGGGCCCCGGGAGGACGAGGACCGGGAGCACCGAGAGCACCGGGAGCACCAUCGGGAGCACCGGGAGCAGGAGGACGACUCCGACGACGAUGUCCCUGUCGCCCCCCGAGGAGUGUCGCUCGCCCGUCGGACUGGACUGCUGCAGCUGCUGCCUGGACCUGGCCAACCGGAGCGGGCUAGUGGAGGACGGGGGCGGUAGCCCCGCCAGCCCCACCGUCAGCAACUUUCGGCAGCUGCGGGAGCAGCUGGUCUUCGAGAACCUCAACGCCGACAAACUGGACAGCAUCAUGCGGCAGGAUUCCCUGGAGCCCGUCGUCCGGGAUCCCUGCUACCUGCUCAACCAAGGCAUCUGCAACCGGAACAUUGACCAGACCAUGCUCUCCAUCCUGCUCUUCUUCCACAGCGCCUCCGGGGCCAGCGUGGUGGCCAUCGACAACAAGAUCGAGCAGGCGAUGGAUCUCGUAAAAAACCACCUGAUGUAUGCAGUGCGGGAGGAAGUGGAGGUCCUGAAGGAACAGAUCAAGGAACUGGUGGAGAAGAACUCGCAGCUGGAGCGAGAAAACAGCCUCCUGAAGACCCUGGCCAGCCCCGAGCAGCUGGAGAAAUUCCAGUCGCGGCUGCCGUCAGAAGUCCUGGCCCCGGAGACUCGGGCUUCCGGGGCCACACCCUCACCUGAGCACACCGGCGGCUCUGCAGUGUAAGUGGCUCUGCCUUUGGGGUGGGCAGAGCCACUGAACUUUUUCUACUUAUCUCCUUAUAAGUUUUUUCCUCCCGAAGUAUCAUCUCGCAAGGAGAACUUCCCACCUAGCAACAGCUGGUGCCAAGAGAUGUCCCGACUGGGUCACCUCCAGUGACUGCCCCCUCUUGGAGAGGGGCUCUUCAGCACGAUGAGUUGCGCUGGGACCUGACACGGAAGCCCUGCGGGCCUUCCUCCCCGCACGUCCCAGGGAGUGCAGUGGCCAGGGGCUUGCCAGUCCGCCCCCUGGGAGGAGGCGAAAGGUGUUUUCAGGAGGCCGGCGGGGGUCCGGAAACCCAGAGGCAGCAUAGCCGCUGACCCCCGCCUUCUGCGGAAGGGCUGGGGAUAUUGGAGAGGAGAGCCUGCCCCCCCCCCCCCCCCCCAUUAACAUCCCUCCAUCCUCCCAACUGUGCCCGUGUGACCUCGAACUCCAUUCGGUGGGCCUCCUGCUGCAUUUGACUGAAACCGCUCCCCGAAGAAGCCAGGGAGUUGCCUCUUGGAGUGAUCCUUCUCUGCCCUCCAGGGGCUCCAGGAGGGAUGGAUGAGAGACUGAGUCAAGUCAGCCUUCUGUUGACUACUAAGGUUUAGCGUGUGGCUUGUGCACACCACAGCUUUUGGGAUGAUGAUGAUGAUGAUGAUAAAGGCUUUAGUACUGGUAUACUUUUUUUAACAUACAAUUUAUAUACAUAUAUACACACAUAGGGAGAUAGCUAUCUAUAUGGAUAGUCGUAUAUAUGUUCAUUCACACAUCUACAUACUGAUAAAUCUAACCAUCUGUAAGGGGAUUGACUGGCACCUGGUUAUUGGAGGGAGAUUUUAGGAUUUGUAGAAGGCUUCUUGAAGAGGUUGGCCCAGCCUUUUCCUUUCGAGGGGUGGAGGACUGAAGUCAACCAAGGGCCCUCCAGAGAGGCGGAGAAGAGAGGCUGCUGAUGACCUAUAUCAGAUGGGUGUGAACAAGACCGCCUUGCUGAUCAAAAACACUCCUCAUCCUGGGCAUGGGAGGUCAAUUUCUGAACACUGAAGCAAUCCCAAUGCUGACAACCCACUGCCAGAAGAUCAGCUUGGUUUAUGGGAUGAGGUGGUUUUUUUUGUUUGUUUUGUUUUUGUUUCGGGUUAUUUCUUGUUUUUGUUUUUUUUGGGUUUUUUUUUUUUUUUUGGUUUUUUUUUUGGGUCAUUGUUGUUUUUUAAGAGGAUCUUUAGAGAACGAACAAAAUGGAUGUGGGCUGAAGGGAAUGGGCCAGCCUGAGUCCUGAUGGCCAGAGGAUGAGACCGGGACCAAUGGUGGCCAUGGUUAUUUGCUCAGUGAGCUUUUCUAGGGGGUGGCUCGGUCGCAACAGCAGGAAAUGUUUUCUGAUCCCAUCCUGGGGCAUUCAGGAGUGUGCUCUUGAUUGUUCAAAUGUAGACAGAGAUUUAUUGCAAUAAACUUUACUUUUCUAUAAA